AUGGAUAACCAUGUGGCUACCAUUUGGGACGUCAUCGGUACCAUUGAAGGCGCUGAAGAGCCUGAUAAACGCGUAGUUUUAGGCAACCAUCGUGAUGCGUGGGUCUGUGGAGCAGUAGAUCCCAGCAGUGGAUCUGCGACACUCAUGGAGAUUGCUAGAGGACUCGGUGACCUGCUUCAGACCGGGUGGCGUCCUCGUCGAACUAUUGUGCUUGGGUCUUGGGACGGCGAAGAAUACGCUCUACUAGGAAGCACUGAAUGGGUCGAAGACAACGCCAAACUGCUCAAAGAGGAGGCUGUGGCUUAUCUCAACGUCGAUUUGCUGGUUGGGCCUCUCAUUAGUGCCAGUGCGGCUCCUUCAAUUGCCAAGUUUGUGCAGGACACAGCCAGCUUACUUCCAGCUAACCCAUUCCACGGCAACAGCAGUGAAGUGGACAGUGCUCAGAGUCUGUUGGAUCAGUGGACACAGCAGAUGGAGAAAUCUCGUUCUUCUCCUGGAGGUUUGCCUGCCCCUGGCUCCAAGACGGACCUGACACUGGCUCCCGACCAUCUUAUCAACUUCAUGGGCUCGGGAUCGGACUUCACCCCGUUCUACCAGCACUUGGGUGUUAUCUCCGUGAAUCUGGCCUUUGGACUCACUUACGCUUCGUAUGGCACCUACCACAGCUCUAUGGACAGCUUGCACUACAUGGAAACGGUGGGAGAUCCGCACUACGCUUCACACGCCAGUAUGGCCAAGUGGUGGGGCGUGCUGGCUUUGCGUCUCGCGAACGAUCUCGUCAUCCCGUUUGACUUCGCGUCCUAUGCUCUCGUUAUGCACAACGGACUCAAACACCUUGAGCAGCGAUUUAAAGAAGCUGGGCAGAAUGUUGAAGUCAAGCAACUGUACGCUGCUAUCGAAAAAUUCGGUGUCAAUGCAGAGGCAUUCCAAGUCACUGCGCGUGAGCUUCAGAGCUCUUCUCUAGCCGCUGAUGACACGGUUUUGAGGGCCUGGAACAACAAAGCCGUCCUGCUCGAGCGCCAAUUGCUCUCUAGUGAUGGACUGCCCCAUCGUUCGUGGUACAAACAUGUGAUCUUCGGCCCGGGAUUCUACGAGGGUUACGCUGGUGCGGCCUUCCCCGGCAUCACCGACUGUCUUGCCUUCUACGACGAUGUAGACACGGUCCAAAGCCACGUCGACGAGGUCACACAUAUUGUUGAUUAUGCCGCUGAGUUCUUUGUCAAAUAA